GUGUCUUUGGAGAAAAGAGCUGCUACAAGCACAGAAAAUCAGCUCACAGCUUUACUAUGACUGCAUGGUAGUCUCCUUGUUUGCCAUCAUGGUUAAUGGCAGAUCCUGAAGUUAAUGAAUGCUUUCUAAAUAAUAAGAGAAGUCAGAGGGAUGUUGUAAAGAAGAUAAGACAUCUGUAACAGCAGUUGAAGUGGGCACCAUGUUCACACUUGGGGAUCUGUGGAUUUCCUGAGUUAGAAAUGAGAAAGACAGGUGUUGGGGAGGUGAAAAGAGUGCGACGGAAGAGCAGAGGAACGCUGUCGGCCAUCUUAGUCCAGCUCAGCCACUAGAGAAGGAAAAAGAUGGCUUAUUUACAAAUGGGACAAAGGGACCUGGGCGGGGAAUGCUCUCAGGAGGCCGAGGAUGCUCGCCCGACAACAAGCGGAGAUGAAUCCUACACCUGUGAUCAGUGUGAAAGGACUUUUGCUACCAAGAGUCGCCUCACAGUACACAAACGGAUCCACGCAGACGUAAAACUGUAUCGCUGUGACGAGUGCGGGACUUCUUUUUGUCGGAGCAGCAGCUUAAAAAGACAUCGAGUCAUCCACAGUGGGCUCAGACCAUACACGUGUGAGCAGUGUGGGAAGACUUUCAAUCAGAUGAGCAUCUUGGAAAGGCAUCGACUCCUCCACAGUGGAAUUAAACCACACACAUGUGACGAGUGUGGGCUGGCUUUUACCUGGCUGCCAAGCUUGAGGAAACAUCAGCUGUCCCACUCUGGGAUUGCAGACUGAAGCAGAUGAAUGCAGUUGUCACCCAUCAGCGCUGUAGUAGCCACUGUUCUUUACCGGCUUCUUCACAGCGAGCGCACACUGAAGUACUGAAAAGAACCUGGAAGAUGUUUCUCCUCAGAAGCUCAUCAGAAGUCCACGGAGUCACCCACAGACUGGAAAAACCUUCAGAUGGCGCUUCCUAGAACUCAAUGUCCUUUUUUUCUUAUUUUUUUUCCCCCUUUUUUCUUUCUGUGAUUUGCAGUAUCUGUAAUUUUUGAAGUGUCACAGUGAACCAAUCCAUUCAGUCACUGGCAUUUGUAACUCUGGACAAUUUUAAUGUCCCGCUGGCUUAGGUGCGCAUUCAGAUCUCAUCAGUUGAACCUGACCAGCAGUAAAACAUAUAGAAAGUAAUCAGAUAACCAAAAGAAAGCUAAAACUACUUUUAACUGCUUAUUAAACUGACUGCUUCUCUUAAGUAACUAAUUAGCUGCUUAUAGGAAAAGGUGACCCCCCCCCCCCCCUCAAGCAGCAGUUUAGUAUUUAUAGUUGAAAGAAAUCUGAUACUAAGGUAACUUAUUGAAUCUUAAAUUGUAUUUUUUUUGUAUUCCCUGUAUUUCUCUUUUUUCUUUGCAUGGAAUCAACACAUCUCUACGUACAGUACUGCAGUAAAAUGGUGCAUUUUUAGCAGUGUUUAAAGUUUGGUUGAGUUGUACUAUUGGACCGUGUGUUAACUCAUAUUUGAACAUCAUGUUUUAUGACACGAUGUAACAUUUUGGAACAACUUGGCUUCUUUUGUGUUUAGGCGGCGCACUGAGAAGUAGCUACUAAAUGUUACAUGUAAUGAUCUUCCACAGUGUUUUUCCAUAGGUUUAAAAAUAAAAUCCUAUUUAUAAUUUCA